AUGGCCGACGUUCUCCCCAAGAUCAGGGCUUCCGACCCACCCACGGAAGAUGCAAGUCCCCUGGAGCGCCAGGACACGGGAAAGUUCUCGGUGAAGGGUGACGGCUCCCUCGUUAACGGAACAAAGCUCGCUGCAAAACUGCGGAACCCGGCCACUACAGCGAGUGCGCAAUCGAACAUCGAGUCGAAACCGGGAAAGGAUGCGAACACCGAGGGCAGAGGGCGGCCAUCUCUAGACCCGCUCUCGCAACAUAUCUUGCAGCGAACAAAUACCGCGCUCACGGUGCAGAAGCUGCGCGCGCAGCAUGCCGAGACAGGCGCGCAGUCACCCACCAGCCCGCAGGAUGGAAGAACGGAUACGAAGAUCACGAGCGAUACGCCUGUGCGGGACAGCACCAGUGGAGGCACCAAGGCAGACAAGAAGAAAGGCGUCUCGUUUCUGUCCCGGUUCAUAGGCACCAAAAAGAAAGGCACCCUCGACGGCACCGACGACAAUGGCUCGCAGGCGGGAGACUGGGACCCGCGACCAGAGGGGAUGGAGGCACAGCUGUUCAGCCAUACCGUCGACAACCUGGGAUUUAGCCCCAAGCACCCACCCCCACCAGCGUACAUCAAGAUGCGGAGCAAGUACAAGAAAGAGAAGGAGUUCGAUCGUGUGUUCCUGGCGCAGGAACUGAGGACCAAGACGGAAAAGAAGAGGCUGAGCGUGGGCACGACGAGCUCCACGACGCCGUCUGGGUCAGCCGGCGUGCAAAACCCCAUCUGGGCGACAGAGUUCAGCAAGGAUGGGAAGUACCUAGCGGCAGGCGGGCAGGAUAAGGUCGUGCGCGUCUGGGCUGUCCUUGCAACGCCAGAGGAUCGGAGAGCCCACGAAACCGAGGAGCAAGUUCCGAAUGCGUCGGGGCAUUCUACGAGACUCAGUGCGCCGGUUUUCCACCAGAAGCCUUUUAGGGAGUAUCAGGGUCAUACGUCGACGAUACUGGACUUGAGCUGGAGCAAGAACAAUUUCCUGCUUUCUUCGUCGAUGGAUAAGACGGUGAGGCUAUGGCAUAUCAGCCGCAACGAGAACCUGUGCACCUUCAAGCACAAUGACUUUGUUCCAUCGAUUCAAUUUCAUCCGCGAGAUGAUCGGUUCUUCCUCGCUGGAUCUUUGGACACGAAAUUGCGACUGUGGAGUAUACCGGACAAGUCCGUGGCAUAUACCGUGUCUCUGCCGGACAUGAUCACCUCGGUCGCGUUCACGCCAGACGGGAAAACCUGUAUAGCUGGAACCCUUGGUGGGCUUUGUAUGUUCUACGACACGGAGGGGCUCAAGUUGCAGAGUCAGAUCCAUGUAAAGUCCACACGAGGGCAAAAUGCCAAGGGAAGCAAGAUUACGGGGAUACAAGCAGUCUGCUGGCCGCCUGGUAGCAGUACUGGGGACGUCAAACUGCUCAUAACAAGCAACGACUCAAGAGUACGAGUCUAUGGAUUCCGGGAGAAGAACCUGGAAAUGAAGUUUCGCGGUCAUGAGAACAACUGCAGCCAGAUAAGAGCCACGUUUGCAGACGACACCGAACACAUAAUAUGUGGGAGCGAAGACCGGAAAGCGUAUAUUUGGUCGACGAACGGGUUUGAAGGCGAGAAGAGGAAUCAGAGGCCCAUGGAGAUGUUUGAGGCGCACCGCUCGAUUACCACGUGUGCUACGAUUGCGCCGCUCAAGACGAGGCUGCUGCUCAGCGCCUCGGAAGAUCCUAUAUUCGAUCUGUGCAAUCCGCCGCCCGUCACGCUGGUCUCGCGCGAGGACUCGAUGAACGGCUCGAAGCCGCCUACGGAAGCGGGGUCUGUCCAACCUACACCUACAGAGGCGAACUUUAGAAGGGUUGCAGAGAGCCCGGCGUAUCUUGCACGGUCCGCGCACACCGACGGCCACAUCAUUGUAACAGCCGACUAUACCGGCGCAAUCAAAGUCUACCGUCAAGACUGCGCCUAUCACAAGCGCCUCCGCGCCUCUGACAAUUGGGACGCCGCCUCCCUCCUCUCGCGCCGCACAGGCUCUAUGCGCCUCGGCCGCCCUUCUAGCAUCCUCUCCGCCCGCACCGGCCGCGCCAGACGCGACUCCACGUCUACACAACCACCCAACGAGCGCAUCAUGAGCUGGCGCCAGGACCUCGCCCACGGGGGGUUUGAAUCACCUCGCCGCAGCAUCGGGCGGAGUAUUUCGCCGCGCAAGUCCAAGAGCCGGACUAGCAUGACGAGCACACGGCCAAGCGAUUCACCCGCCCUGGGCCCAUUGCCGAGCCGCGACACAACGCUCUCCGGCCCGUCCAAGACGGACCUCUCCAUCGACCACAAGCACAGCAAAGACGACGCCGACUCCGAGACGCCUUCAAAGCCCGUUCCCAGUCCAAAUCUCAACCAUGACGCGGGCACAUCCCCGCAGCGUAAACUCUCCGCCUUCGACCCCGUCAAAGCCCCUGCCAUACAAUUCUCACCCUCCCUCUCCAACCCGCUGUCCGUGUACAACGGCCAGUCGUGGGCGUUCUGGAACACGAAGCCCAAGAUUGCGCAGGCGGAGCGGAAUGGGUUUCUCGCGCCGCGACCGGAGCUCCAAGCGCGCGUCAGCAGCGCUGUCAGCCGGCUAAGCAGCGAGGUUAGUAGUCUUAGUGCUGAGGAGGAAGCGGAGAAGUGUGCGAGUUGUGGGGGGAUGGAAUUUAAAGUAAGGUGGAGGGGAACGGGGGGGAGGGAGGAGAGGAUUGUGGUUUGUGGGGUGUGUGGGAGGGUCGUGGAUUAG